AUGGAUAGGCUGAGGGGCGGCGGUGGAAGAAGGGUGCCCGAGGUGCUGCGUCAGGUGGCGGCGGUCGAGGUGCGGCGACAGACCAUCGAGGUGGAUGAUCCGUGCGCCCGCUCCGGCGGGGAGACCCUGCCGCGACGCACGGCCCGACUGUCGGGCGAGCUGCUCUCCCUCCUCUUUCCCCACUCGACCACACUUCCCCACGCCUUCAAGGGUGCCACGGAGAGCAACCGCAACCGUGCCGCGGUGUCGGCCCGAGUGUGGACUGGCGACAAGUGGGGCGCGUACGAGUGCACCACCUAUGGUGCCCUCUCGGCGCGCGUUGACAACUUUGGAUCCGGUCUGCGCAACCUGGGCCUCCGCUCGGGCGACUUCCUCGCGAUCUGGGCCGAUAACAGCGUGGAGUGGGUCGUGGCGUCGCUGGCCGCCUUCGCACACUCGCUGGUGGUGGUGCCCAUCCGACCGGAUGUCUCCCCGACCACGGCCCGACACAUCCUCACCCACAGCAAUGCCAAGGUGGUGAUUUGCUCGCACGCCACGCUGCCCGAUUUGGCGUCGGUCAUCAAGAAGUGCAAGAAGGUGAGCCACGCGGUGGCGAUCCCGCGCUCCCAGAAGAGCAAGGGCAGCAGCAAAGGUGGUGUCGAACUGGAGGAUAUGCGCGACCUGGGCAAAUGCCAACUGCGGUCCUUCGCAGAAGUCGAAACCAACGGGUCACAAAAGCCCAUCAAGCCCAUCAUACCCGACGCCUCCUCGCCGGCCGUCAUCGCCUACACCGAAGGUCACAAAAGCCCAUCAAGCCCAUCAUACCCGACGCCUCCUCGCCGGCCGUCAUCGCCUACACCGAAGGGUGUGGAGAUCAGCCAUGCGGCGUUGGUCGCGACGCAGGCCGGGCUGGUGCCCAUGCUGGAGGCCGGCGGCGAGUGGGUGGUCGACUCAGAUGUGUUCUACGCGCACAACACCUUCGCCUCCACGUUCCACUUCACGCUCCUCUUCACGCUCCUCGCCUGCGGGGCCACCAUUGGCAUGCCGUCCGAGGGCGACGAAAAUCUGGCGGCUGACGUCGAGAAGCUGCGGCCCACCAUAUUUGCUGGCACACCAGAGGUGUACCAGCGCAUCUAUACUCGCCUCAUGCAGCUCGUGGCCCAGUCCAGCACGCUCAAGAAGUGGAUGUUCAAAAAAGGAGGCACCGAAGGGGGCGGGGGCGUGUCGGUGUGGGACGGGCUGGUGUUCAACAACUUCAAGGCGUCCAUGGGCGGCCGCGUCCGCCUCUUCCUCUCCUCCGACUACCCCCUUCCGCCCAACACCCGCCACUUCCUCCAGAUUUGCUUCAACUGCGCGGUGGUUGAGGUCUACACGCUGACCGAGGCGGUGGGCAUCGUGAGCGCCACCAAUCCCUCUGACCCGGCGUCGCUCCACGUUGGCUCGCCCAUCGCCUCCCUUGAGGUGAAGCUCAUCGACGCCAAGGCGUUGGGGUUCGUCACGAGCCACAAGCCACCGUCGGGCGAGAUCUGCAUUCGGGGCAUGUCCGUCGCACAGCGCUACCUCGACGACGACGCGCUCACAGAUGCGGUGUUUGAUGAGGACGGGUGGGUGCACACGGGCGACAUCGGCACCUGGAACGAGAACGGCACGCUCACGCUCGUCGACCGCAAGGAGAACAUCGUCAAGCUCCAGGGCGGUGACUUUGUCGCGCUGGGCAAAAUGGAGGGCCUGUACGCGCGAUCACAGUUCGUGCAGCAGAUCUACGUGCACGGGGACGACACCGAGCCGUGCCUCGUGGCCAUCGUGCUGGUGCACCCGUCGGUCGUCCGCAGCUUCGCCUCCAAGCCCGCCGUGCGACAUCAGUUCGAGGGCCAGUCGGAGGUGUCGGAGCUGAUCGAGAACCCCAUCAUGCGCAACGUGGUCGUGGCCGACCUCCGCGCCAUCGGCAAGUCGCUCGGCGUGCGAAGCUGCGAGCUGGUGCGGGCGGUGCACCUCGAGAUCGGGGAAUGGACGGUGGGCGAGGGCCUCGUCACGCCCAACAAGCGCCUCCACCGCAACGCCCUCCACUCCAAAUACCGCGACGAGAUUGCUGAACUCUAUGCUGAACUCAAGCGAAAAGCUCGGGAAGCGGUUGAGGGUGAAGACGACAUGCCCUCGUCGCCCUCUUCGUCUAUGUCGAGCCCCAGCCGAGCUGCUGCUUCCCAGGUCCAGUUCAGCGACACCAGUCGGUCGGCGCCGUCGUCUGCCUCGUCCGCCGCUUCCUCGUCGUCGGCCUGUGCGUCCGUUUCAUCGGCGGACAGCGACUCAUACAGCGACAGUGACGACUCCUCAUCUUAA